GUUAGAUCUGUGAAUCGAGAUUUUUAAAUGCCUUCACAAUAGCUUACCAUUUGGCCGUUUAACAGUUUUAAUGACUUUGUACCCAUACACUGAUACAUACAUUCGGCUCUAAGCAUUGAUUACCGAUGGAUCAUGGACUUUUGUGGAUCAGACUUCUAAAGACAAGUAUGUAGUGUACAGUGUACACGAGCAAAAUGGCCGAAAAGUCAUUCCCUACAAAACUACAUCAACAGUGGCAGCUUAGCAUUCCAAAGACAUGUUUGUCCCCAAGAUUACUAAAAUCUGUUUAACAGACAGUUCAGAAGGCCUUUUUAUUACUUGGACCAUACCUCCAUCACCUACCAAGAUACUUGGUUACAUUCUGGCUUUUAAAAGAAGUGACCUUGACCUCAAUUACAGCAGUUGUACCUUAAUAGGUGCUUACGUAUCAAGUCAUGUGAUUGCUAUGUCACGUGCAAGUCAACGAUAUGAUGUAAAGAUCUCUGCAUUCACAAGUCGUGAAUUUGGUGAUUUUUCCGAUACAAUCACAUGGUGUUCUUCUGAUUUUCAGUACACUCAACACCAACACUUGCUCCCAACACCAGUCAUCAUAAAAAUUUUAUCUGCUCAUGGUGGGCACUGUAUACAAGUGUUCUGGAAGAUUCCUUUAGAUGUAUCUAGUGUGAUUGUUGAAAAUUUCUUGAUUUUGUAUAAACGAUGUGGAUUAGAUACGGAAUUCAAAGAGAAACUUGUGCCCGGAAGUGAGGUCACAAACCACAUGAUCGUUGGUCUGAGUGAGUGCACUCUUUAUGAAAUCAGAGUGGCUGCGUGUACUUCCAGACUCCGUGGACGUUCUUCAGCCCCUGCAAUGCUGAGAACUGGCGUAACAAGGCCAGACUCUAUUAAGCUACGGAUGUCGAGGGGUCCAGAUUUUAAACCAAGGAUAAUAAAACUUUACGAAAUAAUGACGGAUAAACGACAGUUACAAAUUGUAUGGACGACUCCAGACCACGUCACAUAUCCUACAGUCGAUGGGUACGUCAUUGCAGUCAGAAAGACUUCAAGUUACGAGGCACCAUUUACUAAACAUUACGUCAGAGAUGCCCAGAAAAACAGUCACGUGGUUCAUGAUGUUCACGAGCAAUAUCCAUACGAAGUGAAAAUGGCAGCAUUCAAUGCUUUUGGUGUAGGGAAAUUUACCAGAACUAUAAUUGUUGAUAACAGCAUGAUGAAAUCCGAGAUCCGUACUCCACAGACACUGCCAAAGAAACUCAAAAAAUUAUUCCCAGGAUAUUUCAAAGGAAAUGUAACAUAA